GUCUCCCGAUAUAUCGAUUACUCGUGCUGUCGGAUAAGCGUGUCAUGAGCAAUCGAUUAAUCGAUUAAUUCUUCUUGACAGAUAUUUUAUCUGUGUAGUAGUUUUUCGUUUUAAAACAAUUGUAGCCCUCAAUUGUUCGUUUGUCGUCGCAGUUUCUUUCUAUGGUCAGGCUUGCACGAAGUUUUUAGAGAACUCGAGUUAAAGCGAACGAGUUUGGUUGUGCAAAGCAACCAGAGUAUUUACGUCCUCUACUCGUUACAUCCAUCAAAGCCGACGUAAGGAGCUAGGCAAGAUGGAAAGCGCGGAAGAUGCGAAGACAACCGUGGAAUUAUAUAUUUAUGACCUUACGAAGGGCCUCGCCUCUAUGAUGUCUAUUCUCGUUAUGGGUCAACACGUAGAGGGAAUAUGGCAUACAGCAAUCGUGACGUACGGAAGAGAAUACUUCUUCGGACCGUCUGGAAUUCAAAGUGUUCGACCUGGUGGAACGAGAUUAGGUGCGCCGUACCAAGUGCAAAAACUCGGCGAAACUUACCUGCCAUACUCCGUCUUCUUUGAAUACAUGUGCGGCUUGGGGACGUCCACGUUCGCCCCGGGUACGUACAACCUCUUCAAACACAACUGCAAUUCGUUUACAGACGAAGUUAGUAAGUUCUUAGUAGGCGAGGGUAUUCCAAGAUAUAUCCUUGAUUUGCCGGAAGAAAUACUUAAAGCGCCGAUUGGACAAGAGAUCCGACGACUCAUAGAAGGUUUAGGCAGCAACGCGAAUAAAUCAUUUAUAGUUGAUCAAACUAUCCUUGAGACGAGAUAUUCCAGAGAGCGUUCGCCAGAAUUUGAGAUUUUAAAUGAAGCUAUCGAAAGAGCAAGAUUAAAUUCGAUCGCGCUAGAAGAGAGGCGAAAGGAGAUUAACGACAAACUUGCAAAGAAAGACAGGAAGAAAAAAAAGAAGAAGAAGGAGAAGAAACAGAAAGGAAGUAAAGAUAGUGGCACGAGUGAUACCAAUAGUACUGGUCCCAGUAAUUGUGCACACAUGGCGGAAAGUGAAAGUGCAGUAAGCAUGAGUGAAAUGCAAUCUUCGAACGGUGGAAGUGCAGAGUUGUUACCAUCGGAUAGGGUUAUGCAAAUGGAGGAAGAGGAGAAGAAGGAACAAGAAGAGAAGAAACGUCGUCGAGAUCCUCCUAUAGUGUUUAAGGACUUAGUGGAUGUCAGAGGGGAAUACCAGGCGUUAACUAAAUUGUUGGACGGGAAGUUGAACGAAGAAGAACGUGUAUGCAUGGACGAACUUCGACAAUACGUUUUAGAGAAUGAGGGUUCUUGGGCACUCGGGGAUAACUUCCUAAAUUUCGUAGGACGAAUUUUGUACGAUAAAUCUUUGGCAAGCGACACGAGGGUAAAAUUACUGAACAUACUUUCUGUUGCUGCUUUAAAAGACGAUGUAAUUCUUUUACUGCAUCAGGAUAGAAGGGAACAUAUAAUUAUGAAUUAUGCCUUCCAUAUUGAUCGUCAUCCUCCAGAAGAACAACUUCCUCUUGCACAAUUUUUGGCAAACAUGUUCGAAAAUCUCAGCAGUUCGGAAUGGCUGUUGUAUAUAUCCGAAUGGCAGCAUCAAACACAGAAUAUCAGUAACAUAAGUGUGACGACCAAAGUUGCAGUGCAUUCGUUACUUUCGAACUCGGUCGACUUGCAAAUUCGUGGCGCAGCAAUUAUUCAUAAUCUUGCCUGCAAGGAGAAAAUGAACAAAAGCAAAAAUCUGCGGCGACUUUUACCAAAAGGCAGCAUUUCUAAGGUGUUCGAUGAGGUCGCCGUAGAAUUGACAAUGGCAUUGUUACAAUACUUCAAUGGCAGUCCUGCCGAGGAACAGCUGUAUGCUUGUAUGAAGUCAUUGGCACGUUUCAUACAAAUCAGCGGCCAAGAUGUGCCACAACUUAUUCAAAUGAUUGGGCCGGAACCAAACAAAUUUCGCGGAACGUCGGAAAGGAUUGACGAACAAAUCGAUCAGGUCAACCAGAAGCUGCGUUAACGUAAUACAAAUCGACACAAACGCUACAAACGAAUCGACUUGUGUCGAUACAAAUUAAUAAGAAAAAUCUUGAAUUCCAAAAUAUGAUGAGAUCGAGAACGUUAUUGUGUUAU